AUGGGCCCCUGUACCGCCUCCUCAUGCUGCUGCCAGGCCCGUAAUCUGCCAUGGGCCCCCGUACCGACUCCUCAUGCUGCUCCCAGGCCCGUAAUCUGUCAUGGGCCCCUGUACCGCCUCCUCAUGCUGCUGCCAGGUCCAGAGUGUCUCAUGGGUCCCUGUACGGCCUCCCAUUGCUGCUGUCUCCAUCGCCACACUCUGCCAUGUGCCACUUUCAGGUCUCCUCACACUGCUGGUGGGUUCCAUUUUGUCAUAGGGUGCUGUAUGGCCUCCCAUUGCUGCUGCCUCCACCGCCACACUGUGGCUCCACACUCUGGUUUUGGCCCGUGACUGCCCAAAUGAGUGAAGUGUGCGGUGAUUCUAAGAUCGAUGGCACUCAUCUGCAUGUCAUACUGACUGACAGUAUUAUAUCUCUUCCCCAGCAGACUCCAAGGGCAUUUAAAUUAAAGGUACAGUGUUCUGCACUAAUAUAA